AUGUCUUUCAUUCGCCUGGCCGCCCGUUCUGCUGUCCUUCCUUGCCGCGCGCUGACCGCGUCUCUGUCGCGACCUCAGCAUGUUUUCCGUAUGCGUUUCUCCGACGCUGCGCCCGCGGGGAGUGCUAUUCCACGACCAGAUAUCGAGUCGCGUAUACUGGAACUUUUGAAAGGGUUUGACAAAGUAGAUCCGAGCAAGCUCUCCUCCACCGCAUCGUUCUCAAAAGACCUGGGCCUCGAUAGCUUGGACUCUGUUGAAGUCGUCAUGGCAGUAGAGGAGGAAUUCUCAAUUGAGAUACCCGACCAAGAAGCAGACGAAAUACAAACUGUCCAGCAAGCCAUUGACUACAUUGCCAAGACGCCGGAAGGUACACCACUCGCCUAUCUUCUUCACUUUCGCAAGGCUGACUUGCCCUAUAGCUCAGUGAGAGAUGGUGGUCACGGAGAACCCCGUAUCUAUACUUGUGCUCCUAGCACCUCUAGAAAAUAUCAACAUUCUUAA